AUGUCGAGGGCGGGCCUGCGGGACCCACGGGCCCGAUUUUGCCGGGCGGGGCGUGGCCUCCGCGAGUGCUUCCGGGUCCCGGCGUGCCGCGGCAGGUCAGUUUGGAUCCCUCCCGCCCCGCGCCGCUCCCUCCGACUCACUUCCGCUUCCGGCGGGGCCGCGGGCCGGGAAGCGGUGCCGGGAGGGGCUGCAGGGGCGGGGCUCCGGGUGGGCAGGGGCCCGGGGGCGGGGCUUGGGCGGUGUUUGGGGGAAGGGGCUGCGGCGCCGGAACCGGCGGCUACUUGGUCGCGCGGCGCCCGGGUUCGCGUCCCCGCAAACGUGAGGUCCCGCCCAGGGCCGAGGGGGCGAGGCCGCAGCUCGGCGCAGGGCGGCCCCGGGCGCUUGGAAGGCGUUCGCUCCGGCCCAGGGAGAGGCUCGGAGCGCCGGCGGGGCAGCGGCGCGGGCCCACGUGGUGCGGGCCCAGACUGCCUUGGGGACGAGCAGAGGCGUCCGCCACCGCGCUGCGGCGCAGACCCCGGCCUGGACCCACUCCGAGGACACAGCGGAGAGGCGCAGAGACCAAGGCCCGCGGGCAAGGCGGAGCCCCAGGGGGAGCCACAGCACCGGCGCUGGGGGGCUGCACAGAGUUGGGCCUUCAGAAACGGGAGCCUGGGAAACCCAACUGCCCCUUUGCCUGGCAAGCCUUCCUCAUCCACCAAGUCCACACUCCGACGUCACUUCCUGACCCAAGUCUGCGUCAGGCUGCGCAGGCCCUGGGAGGUGCGUGCUCUCUCCAGGACCCCCAGCACGGACAGUCAUGACCUGUUUAUGUUUGUGGUUGGGGAUUUGCACAGCUGGCCUGCCGGCCUGCCUCCAGCAAGGCCUGAUGACCAAGAGAUCUUUCUGUAGCUGGAAGGCAGGAGACAGAAGCAGCUAGAGUAUCAGAACAACAGGAAGGGGAGAGUGGCAAAGAGAGGUAGGUCUGCAGACCAUCUUUUGUGAGUAUACAGCAGAAUCAAGAGCCCAAAUAGAGACGCACCUACGUGGUCAGACGAUUUUUUGACAAGGGUACCAAGACCAUCUAAGGGGCAAAGGACUGUCUUCAACAAAUGGUGCUAGAAAAACUACAUAUCCACGUGCAGAAGGACAAAGUUAGAUGCUUACCCAAAACCAUAUACAAAAAUUAAAUGGAUCAAGGACCUAAAUGCAAGGCCUAAAACUAUAAAGCUCUUAGAAGAAAACAUAAGAGCACAGACCCUAUGACAUUGGACUUGGCAGUGACUUCUUGGGUGUGACACCAGAGGUACAGACAACAACAGAAAAAACAAACUGGGCUUCAUGAAAAUUUUUUAAAUUGUGUACACCAGACGCUAUCACCAGAGUACAAGGGCAGCCCACACAAUGGCAGCAAAUAUUUGCAAAUGAUACAUCUGCUAAGGGAUCAAUAUACAGAAUGGAGAACUAAAAUUCAACAAAGAAGAAAGAACCCAAUGCAAAAAGGGGCAGAGGGCUGCCUAGACAUUUCUCCAGAGAAGAUACAGAUGGCCAAGAAGCCCGUGACAAGAUGCUCCACAUCACUAGUCAGGGAGAUGCCACCUCACACCCAGUCGGAAGGCUACUGUAAAUACAUGUAUACGGGUAUACCUGUGUGUGUGUGUGUGUGUGUAAAAACAAAAUAAUAAAUGGUGAGGAUGUGAAGUAAUAGGAACCUUUGUGCAUUUUUGGUAGGAAUGUAAGAUGGUAUAGCUGUGGUUGAAAACAGUACAGUGACUCCUCAAACAAUUAAAAACAGUUACCAUGUGAUCCAGCAAUUCCACCUCUGAGUAUAAACCCGAGAGAACUGAAAGCAGGGUCUCCGGGGGUAUUUGUGCGCCGUGCUCACGGCAGCAGCCAGCAGGCGGAGGCGACCCGAGCGUCCGCUGGUGGGUGGAUGGAUGAGCCAGGUGGGGCGUAUCCAUUGGGAGUAUUAUUCACCUCACGUGCCUACAGAUGAACUUUAAGGACUUAAGUGAAAUAAGCCAGUCACAAAAAGAUAAAUACUGUGUAAGCCCACUUCUAUGGCGUACUUUGAACAGUUAAGGUCAGAGUAGAACGGUGGUCACCAGGGUCGGGGGAGAGGAUGAAGGGUCUAGCGUUU